AUGGCUGCUGUUUCUGCUUCUCCUCCUUCUUCUUCUGCUGCAGCAUCAAUGGGGUUGGACAGUGGUGAUAAAGUACCUCAUGUUUUGGCUGUUGAUGAUAGUUUUGUGGACCGCAAAAUCAUUGAAAGGUUACUCACCCACUCCUCUUGCAAAGUAACCACAGCAGAGAACGCACAUGGAGCAUUGGAACUCUUGGGCCUGGCAGACGGGCAACAAAACUUUAGCAACACCGUUUCAAAUGUAAACAUGAUAAUCACGGAUUACUGUAUGCCAGGAAUGACAGGGUAUGAGCUUCUAAAAAAAAUUAAGGAAUCGCCAAAAGUGAAGCAGAUACCAGUAAUUGUUGUUUCAUCUGAGAACAUACCCACCAGAAUUGAGAAGUGCCUUGAGGAAGGAGCUGAGGAGUUCUUGCUGAAGCCUCUCCGGCUAUCGGAUGUUAAGAAAUUGAGAUGCCAUUUGACGUCGAAUGCCGGAAACAGUAGUGAUGAAGGGCUGAUUUGUGUAGGAAGAUGAUUAUAGAGACAAGAUUUAUACAAGAAAAGAAUGUGUAGGAAAGGCUUAAAGUAAUACCUAGCUAGCUAUCAAUACUUCAAACUUGUUUGAUGCAAUGUAAUCAUUGUUAACUUCUUUUUUUCCU